AUGCUCAUUAGAGUUGUUGAUCUUUGGAUUGUGAAGGAGAAAAGUGGACUGCAUCAUUUCAAAAUGGUGAUUCAAGAUUCAAAGGGUGAUCAAAUCCAUGUGACAACUCGGAACCGUGAGUUAAAAGACUGGUCUGAACAACUAACUGAACAUGAGACUUAUUGCCUUUACAAUGGAGAGUCAAUGCUUAAUCAUGGCACUUUCAAAGUUUUUCCCAACAAGUUAAAACUUGUCUUCAAUGGAGGAACGACUGUUUCAAAAUUGCCAAUACCCGAAAUACCGACACAUCAAUAUAAGUUUAAGCCGAUUGUCGACUUUCUCACUGGAAAUUUUCAUCACUGA